AUGAAGUAUUGUUUCUGCAAAUGCUUUGAAGAAUCAAGAGAUUUUGUGAAAACAGAUCUUAUUGACUGGAUCUUUAACAGAGAUGUAGACGAAAAAACUAGCAGCAUGUGCCAUCUUCUUUGCCUUAAGCUUACAAACAGUGGAAAUAUAAAAAGAAAUGGUAGAUGGGGAUUCCAGCCAAUUCUAGGAAUGACAGAAUUCUUCUCUGCACUCUUCUCGUUCAUAAAUCUUAUAACAAACAUAUUUUGCUUCCACAGGAUGUUGAAGAAACACUUAAGAGUUACAAGGCUAGGAAAACUCUAUUACAUCCAGUAUUAUAUAUGCAAUCUAGCAUUCAUUGCCAGCACACUUUUCCACAUCCACGAAAACUCCUUCACGAGAAACUGUGACUAUUUUCUUGCAUUCUUAACUAUUCUUUUUGGAUUCUAUAUGGCGCUUGUCAGAGUUAUCCUAAUAGUAAGUCCUUCCCUGGAAAGAGCAAUAAGAACGCCACUCCAAUCUGCCUUCAUCUUAUUUUAUGCAUAUCACAUCUACAGAAUGUCAAAUAUAGAGUUUGAUUACGUUUACAACAAGAUAUCUUGUGCCAUAAUUAUCACACUCACUCUCCUAUCGCACCUAGUAACAUUUCUUAAGUAUAGGAAUAUGAGCCAUACCAAGAACAUCUUGUUAUUUACCUUUUUCUUCUUCCUUGCCGGAGCAAUAGAAAUUCAGGACGUACCACCAUAUGCUUAUCUCAUCGAUUCCCAUGCAAUAUGGCAUUUAAUAUCCUGUAUCUCGACACCUUUCUAUCUCCUCUUCUGGAGCGGAGAUGUUUAUAUGCACUAA